AUGUUGACAGAAAAUGAGAAGGCAGCAGUCCUAUCCAUCUGGCACAAUACGUCCUCUCAGGUUAAUGCCGUGGGUGGUGAGGCUCUGAACAGUUCUAGGCUUUUCAUUAGCUUCCCCAAAACCAAAACUACCCUUCCCCACCACUUUGACCUGACCCCUGGCUCUGCAGACAUCAAGGCUCAUAGUGGAAAGAUUCUGAAUGCUAUUUGGACUGCAGCAAAUCAUAUGGAUGACUUUCCUGUCAUCCUGUCCACCCUGACUGACCUGCAAGCACCCAACCUAAAAGUGGAUCCAGAAAAAUUUAAUGUAAGGAUGGCUCUUCAUUAUCAUUAA